AUGACCCAAACUACAUGGCAGAAGGUGGAGAUCAAGAUAUUUCAGGCUAAGAACAAUAUUCCAUUAGAGUGGCGCCUACCGUCCUCCUACCUUGAGGUAUUGCAGGACGCCUGUCAAUCCGUUCUCGGCAUCCCGCAUCGUUGUGGCAUUCUAUCCGAAAUGGAGAUUCACGUCACCGAAGCUUUCGAUGAAACUGCCUUGUUCGAGAAACCUGCUUCUCGUGGGUUGACUGCAGUUGAGGUUACUACCGCAUUUUGCAAGCGUGCAGCAAUUGCCCACCAGCUGACCUAUUGUCUGACGGAGACGUUCUUUGAUACGGCCCUUCGCAGGGCUCGGGAGUUGGACGACCAUCUCGAGGCCACGGGAAAGACAACAGGCCCGCUACAUGGUCUCCCUAUUAGCGUCAAAGAAUGUUACAACAUAGCCGUUGGCUUCAAACCUUCUGCAAGUCAAGUCCCCUACGGCAAUAUAGGAUCCGCAGCGAGGCUUGAGAUGGCACGGUUCCUACCCUGUGCUGGUUCCCUCAGCCACACUGUCCGAGAUGUUGAGCUGCUGCUAAGAGUGGUGUUAAACUCGAAUGCUGCGGAUCUAGACGAUAAUGCGCUGGGAGUUCCAUGGAAUGCUACGCGUCAGAGACCGUCGCUUCGAGCCGGUGUGUUACCGGAAGAUGCCCUCUACCGUCUGGCAUCCUCCAAUGCAGCGUGCUCUGAAAAAUGCAGUGAUCAGCAUUUCAAAGCAGAUGUCAUCCAUCUCCGAGGCAAAGACCUUGCCUUUCGGUUCUUUAACAUGAACCCCGACCGCACCGCGUUGAGUCACGUUAAGAACGGUGAUGAACCGUUUAUACCGUCGCUUAAAUCCACAUAUGACCUUGACAAGAAUGCUCCAGAGCCUCAACUGUUGGAACUGUACCAGCUCAAUGUGUCUAAAGCUAAACUUCUCACGCGAAUGAGACAGGUAUUCGUCGAGAACAAGGUGGACCCUGUGUCAUACCAUUCGGAAGGCCAAAUGCAUCUCAAGACGCCAAAUUUGUCCGAGACGUUCCGUACACGCCGCAGCGAAGUCGAAGGCGCGCCUUGCCAUAUCCAGUUGACAGGCAAACCUAUGAGGGAUGAAGAUCUCAUACAAGAUGCCUUGAUUGUUGAAAAAGUUCUGCAAGGUUAA